UGGACAAGAAUGAGUUCGAGAACGUUUCACUGCUGCUGAAAUGUAUUCAGCUCUACCUUAAAAGUGAUCUUCAAGAAGGGAAGAGCUUGUUUAUUGAGCAAGGACUGGUAGCAAAGAUGAGUAUAAUACUGUAUACAAGUUACUAAUGUGAUAUAAGGUUGUUUGCAUCAGGAAAAGAACUCCAAGAGAGUGAAAAGUAGAGGAUGGCUUGUUGGCCGCACAGAAAGAAUUUUUUUUAAUAUAUUGCAUGAACUGAGUGGAGGAAAAAAUGCUUACUCUCUUUUAUUGCUUUUGGUGUAGCAGCCAAUUUUAUGGCUUCACUUAUUACCUGAUUUACAGGAUUGGGUUGUUUGGGGUUUUUUUAAGCUGAUGAUGGAAGGAGAGGAUGAAUUUCUGUGAGUUCCAUUAGUGAAAUGAUAUAGCAUUUUAAAUGCUCCAUCAGAAUACAAUUUUAAUAAUAGGAUUGAUGAGUAAUUUGUGCUUCUAUAUUUUUAAAACCAGAUAUUCUUUAUGAAGGUCUCUCUCUAGAUAUCUAGCAAACUAGAUUUAUUUAAUCUGCAAUUGUUUUAUCUUCUGGCACUAUAAUGAUUUCAGCUGGUAAUAGUUGUAGUAGCAGAAAUGCAAUUGUGCUGAAGAUGAGGAACACCUGGACCUAACACAGCUACGAGGGAACAGCUAACACAUGCUUUCUUUAGCAGACUUGUACUGAGUCCUUGGUCCAAAAAUGUUGUAUUCCUGCCUUAUAGUUACACUUUUCAGGGAUACAAUUGCUCAAAAUUCCUGUAUGGAAAUAAAUUAAUAAAGUUUUUCCAGUCUGAGCUCUGUAUUUCCAGUGGUGCAUGGAUUUCUAGUUCACCAUUUUUGUGUAAUGUUAUGCAAUAUCCAAAAUCAUGAAGUAUUAGAAUAUUUACCUUGAAGAAGCUUGAAAAAACUUUACAGUAUUUUGCUGUGAGUUGAUGUCCUCUAGAAAUGUCUAUAAGAGUUUUGGUGCCACUAGCAGCAUGUAUUGUGUCUGAGCACCACGAGAGAAGGAGAAAAGGAGGGCUAGGGAGGGAAGAGGGAAAUGGCACUUUUCAUGUCCCCCUAGCAAAAUUUAACUCCUUAAAGCCAUGUAACUUUUGACACAGUAUGUCCCUGUGACAUUUAAAGAGUAAAAGACUCUGUAAGGUUUCCUGCAGACAUAUGUAGUUUGAGGACUCUUGACUCCUCUUCCCAGUUUUUAACUCAUUCUUUGAACUUUUACCUAGUAUCCUGGUUUGAAAGAGCCAGAGCGUUUGUGACUGUCAUCGACCCAAAUGAGAAUAAAUUUUUGAUGUUACUGCUUGAAGACUUCUUUGAUUCUGCAUUGGUGAUUUGCAAAUGCAGUAAUCAAGGAAAGAAAGAGCUAGUGAAUUUAUUUUUGCCUGAACUAGGGCGCCUAGUGACAGACGCAAGCCUUUGCUGCUCUCUGCAUCUGGAGGCCUUGAGGACCCUCAACUCUAUACUUGACAGUGUCCCACGGGAGGAGAGAAAGAAGUUCCCUCUCUCUGAGGAGAUCUGCUCGCUCACGAAAGACCUUGCAAAAACUAUACUGGAGGUUGGUGAUUAUGACCUCCAGGUUGCCCUUUCAGAAGCACUUUGUAGGUUAAUGAUAAAAAAAUGGAGGGAUGACCUUGUUCACCACUGGUUUGAAGAUAACUAUCUUGCUGAAGCUUUCAAAGAGAUCAAGGAUCGAGAAUUUGAGACGGACUGCAGAAAAUUUCUUAACCUACUAAACGAAAGGCUUGGAGAUAAAAGAAGAGUCUACUCAUUUCCUUGCAUAUCUGCUUUUGCUGACAUGAAUGAGGUAAAGAAGCCGUCGGAUGAGAAACUGGAGGAGUUUUGGAUUGACUUCAAUGCUGGCAGCCAGAGUGUGACUUUCUAUGUGGAUUGUGAUGAGGGAGCUCUUUGGGACUCUGUGAGGCUGGCAAAGGAAAAUGUCAACAGUUACAGUGUGAAGGAGAACGAUAAACAAAAGAUUGUUAAAAUUUUUAUGAAGAUGCCUGCUGCUCUUAACAAAACAGAAGCAACAAAAGUCAAACUUGUUUUCAGUGCUGAAUUUGAAAUAAUAAGUGUACUUAGAAAAGUCCUGGGAGAAGAAAAACUGAUGUUAGUUGAGUCUGAAGAUGAGACUGUCCGUGCUGGGAAGGAAGCCACACAGAAUGAAGCAGAAAUACCUGUACCCUCUACUGCACAGAGGAGGAGAGAUUCUUCAAACUCUGAGAAUGUGGAGACUCAAAAAGACAACUUAACCUCUCAGCACAGACAGCAGUUAACAGGCACUGAAGCAAAGAAAAUGGUCAACUCUGGUGUUGCCAUGGUUACAGUGAGCCAGCAGACAGACCUGGAAGAUGCUAACCAAGAAAAAAACUCCAAAACUCCAUCUCCAGGGACAAAAGCUAAGCCUAGUGAGAAGCCCCUAGAAGAAGAACCUAUGGCUGAGUCCAUACCAGAGAUGCUGCAACUCUCUCCUUUUCCAAAGGAUGUUACCAGCAAAAAGAAAAACAGGAAAACAAGUUUGCCCAAGAAGAGGGCUGAAGACAGGAAGCAACUCUACGACUUUGAAAACUCGGACUCCUCAAGUCAUGAAAAGGUUGCUGAAGCCAAAGAAAAGAUUUUUGCCCGGAAAAUUUCUCCACAAGUUCAGAGGACCUAUGAAACAAGAAGCAAGAACAAGGAAUCAAACAGUCUUGGGAGAAGGCAGUCUAGUUACAGGAAACAUCUUUUCUCUGAAAGCAACAAUGAGAAUACAAGCCCUGGUCAGAGUGAGAAAAGCUGGAUCCUUGACUCUCAGAUACAGUUGAUGCCCAAAUCUGUUGACUAUACCCGAAAAAGACGCAGGGUGAGAAGUCAAUUAAAAGUGCUUCCAGUAUCUUCUGCAAGUAGUGGCAGCGACUACGAGUCAAAGGAGGCAGAAUCAAGGCAAAGACGUCAAAAGGUGACACUAAGGGAAAAAAGCACAUUUAACUCCAAGGGAGAUGAUUUACCCACAGUGGAUCUUGCUGACGGAACUCUCUCAGAGGAGCUUGGAGGGAGUCCACUGCUACUCAGUGUGUCUGCCAGCAGCGUUUCCAGCACCGAGGAGAAGGCCACACAGAAGUUUCAUGGUACACAAGGGAAAUCAUCAAGAGAGGAAGAAAGUACCAAGCGGAAGGACUCGGAUAUACUGAGUGGCACUAUCAUUAAAAAGCCUAAAUUUUCUAGUUUGGAGAAAAAUCACUUGCCCUCUGAGAUUAACCAUAUACCAAAGAAAAUUUCUGAUUCAGUAGAAGAGGAAGUGGAGAUACAGAAAGGUCAGGAAAUGGAUGACAGCCUAGAUGAUGUGUUUUUUUCCAAGAUGCUCCAUGAAGACUUGAGUGACUCAGGAGUGAUUUUUGCCUUUGAAAGCUUUAUUGGUCAGCUGAAGAAAUUGUUCUGGUCCCGGUACAAAAGGAUUGAGAUCAACACACAGGAUGCCCUGAGAUCCUCAGAGAAGAACUUGUCUGCCCUGCUGAACCAAAUACACAUGUGUAGGCUGACUAAAUUUGAUGCCUUCCAGAAGAUUGUUGUUGAAGAGCUUGCUAACCUUGAGAAGGAAACGCAAAUUCUGGCCGCCAUGGAGAAGGAAGCGCUGGAUUUCUGGAAUGGACAGCUGCUCAAACUGAAUACUUUCUGUAGCCAGCAAAGGCAAAGAAUUGAAUCUGUUGACUCAGCCCUGGGUGAAACAGCAAAGAGUUUUGCCAGCGCUGUCCAGAAUACAACGUAUGAAAACCCAGUGAAGGAGGAAGAAGAAAAUGUGUUCAUUGUUCCUUCUGACUAGCAAACCCCUGAAUUCAUUACUGCUCAUGACAUUUGAGCACUUUGUGUGCAGCAUAGAGAAGAUGGUUCUGUGAAGGAUGUUUGUCUAUUUUAAAUGAAAAGAAAAGAGGAGGAAAAAGUAUCAUGUUGAGCCUUUUUUGGCCUAAAAACAAUAUAGUGCUAAGUGGUCCAGUUGUGACCUGUGUUGAUAACAAGUUUUUCUGAAAAAUUGCAAGAUUGGAUCCAUCAUACAUGAAAGAAAUUCAAAAAAUGAACUAAAGAUAAUGAUAUAGCUGUCAAAUUGAUGGAUAUAUUGGCUUACUUUGACUGUUCUGCUAACACCUUUAUCAAAUGUAAAAACCCUUAACAGUUGAUUCAAAGUAAAAAGUUGUCUGCAUAGGAUAACAAUCUCAUUCUUUCUUUCAAAUUGAUACAUUGUGAAUGUCUGGAAAGGUACUCUGGAUUCCUGUGUACCUUGCACAGGAUAUGUUAGGUAUAGCCUCUCCUGUGUGCAUUUAAGUGCGGGAGCUGCUGGCUUGGCGCCAUUGCCACUCAAUUCUGGAUUGCAGAGUGAAAGCAGAAAGGGAUCUGUAAGCCAGAUGCCUGAUGGCAACCUGGAGACUGCAGAGGGCGAGAAAUCUGAAGAACUGAACAGAAAAUGGCAAGUGAAGCAAGAGAAAUUAUUUUUGCAGCUAGUGAUUUUUGGCUCCAAGGAGAGAUCAGAAUACAGUGACCAAUUCUAGGAUUAGACAAAAUAGCAUCACAGGUCUCUGGAAAGCAAGCAGCAGAUAACCCAUGCUAUUUACUAUUGUCCUCUGCUGUGACAGCAUUCCCCAGAAGAUAGUUGCUCUUGACAAGAGAGUGUGUUCUUGCAAAAACAGCCUUAGUGCUAAUGCACCUUAAUGAAUUUGUGGAAACAUGGCACAUUUCCAGGCUUUGGGUUUCUAUCUCUUUAACUUAUAGAACCAACCUCAGAUUGCUGUGUGGGUUAGAGUUGAAGGAAUUCUUCCCUGCACAAAAUGUACCUUCAUAACAAAAACCCAAACCCUGCCAGGGUUUGUUUCAUAACUGAAAUAAGGCUGAUGCUGUUCCUGCUUGAGAAGGUCACACAGGGUAGUACCAGCACAGAGAACAGCAAAAAGCUGCUGUUGCCAUUGCUUUACCAUUUUAUGCUUAUUCCUUUAUCUUAAGUAGCCCUGACUAGGGUUGGCACGAGCUGAAGCCUGUUCAUCCACAUCAAGACACACUUGGUGCUUUCCCCUGGAGUGGUUUAAAAGAAAAGACCUCUUCAACCCUGCCCUUUCCAAAGGUUCAGAUCUACUGGUCUAUUCCCUCCUAUUCCUAAGGCGAGGGGCUGGAAUGCUGGUUUCACAUCCACUGGCCUUGUGUUUGUUUCUUUGAGGCCCUAGUGACCUGGCUGCACUGCAUCUUCCUGCGGCUCUUCAGUGCCCUUACAGCUCCUGUUUGAUUCUAGGCUCUCAAAGCACUCAGCUGAAGCAGCCGUGACUUUUAGGAGAUGAAGCUGUAACCUCUACAGCAUAGCUGUGAGCAGCUAUGCUUGAGUCUGGUAAAACCAGUUUUGCAUCUCAGCAACAGAAUUUUUGGGGUACUCUGGUCCUGCUGGUGUGGUGGUAUACUCUGAUGGCCCCAGCAAUGACAACAACCAAAACAGGCUUUAAGAUAUCAGCCUCAAUAAUCUGAUCCUAUCACUCUCCUAUUACCUGGAUGUGCCAGGUCCUAAAUUUGGGGCUUUUACUACCUGAGUUGUAACCCGAGGGUCUGGCUGUAGGAGUGUGAUAAGGCUCAAACUGCCCUGUUGCUGCUUAUUGUGAUCCAGAGUUCACAGCGGUGAAUGUAAAGGGAUGCCUUGUGCUGUGUUGGUCCCACUCCUAAGUUCCAAGGUGAGCCUUCCAGCAAUUCCCACAGAAAUGCCUAUAUUCCAUGGUUUUAUUUCCCCAACCUGGCCCAACACGAUGAUGCAGCCUGGGCUAUGCAAGGUGCUUGAUGUGAAGCAGACCUAACAAUGGAGAUGAGCUGCCUGCACUGCUGCUGUUCCUGUUCACUGAGUUCUGCAAAGCCACAGGAACAGCUCUGAGAAUUCGCACCCUCGGGGCACGUGCCAUCUCCUGUGGGAUGGGUGUUGGCCUGUUCAGCCUCGCUUAUCUGCAUCUCCAAGCAGUUUGCUGCCCAAAGGGAAGGUUUGAAAUAGAAGGAGGAUGAGAUGGCAUGUCUCUCUCUGGUUUAAGGUGUUGUUUUCUUUUUUUCAAACUAUGACAGUAGCGCUCGGUAUUCUUUUUUGUACUUAAGGUUUUUGAUGGAUUCACUGCUCUCUUCAGUGUAAGCUGCUAAGCAUUUAAGCUUUGUCAGCAUUGUGAAGUAGAUGUGUAGAAACACUUGUUUUGCUACAUUUCCUCCCCCUUCAUGUGUGUUGGCAGAAGGCUCUCUUGGUGUCUCCUGUAACUGUAAAAAGUUAGGAAUGCUUUUUAUCAAAGUAUCUGCUAGAUAAUUUACAGAGUGCAUCAGUCUUAUUUCUGCAUCUCUUAUUGUUGCAUCUCUGCAUAACCUAUAACUACAAAACUUGCAAGGUGAGUGUUGAGCACUUCAGAGGGCAUGGAUAAAGGAAAAAUCAGGGUUCCUUACUUGGUAAAAAUUGCCAUAAUGUUGUAUGCACCUACAUUUAGUUUUAGCUAUUUUAUUGGAGAAGUCUGAACCCCAAAAGGCUGUUUUAAUGAUGGGUAUGGGAGAGCACAAAGGGAUGUCACACUGCUUAAAUACCUUCUAUCCCUGCACCCAUCUAUCCUGUCAUAUGAAACACUUUAGCUUUUGAGCAGCUCAGUGUGUUCCAUCUUGAUAACCUGUGAACUGCCUAAGGUGAAAAUUUUGGACUUUACUAAUGGCCUUUCCAUCUGUAGGCAGUAGAAGUGUUUAGAAACAACAUCUGGGACAGAAGGGACAUUUUGUGACCUUGGACAGCCUAUCUCAUACCACUUCCUGCAUUGCUGGGUCAAUUAAACAUGUUUGAGCUUGAAACCUCCUGAAGGUCUAAAGUCCAUUUGGUUUCUGCAACAGAUGUGUAACUGGGUUAUCCUAAAGUUACUUUCUGGAAGCUGCGGCAUUUUGAAGAUGUUAAGACAUAUCUGAAGAAUUUUAAACAUACCUGAUUCCAGCCCUCCUGGCUGAUCUGGAUCUGCAAGAACUGCUUCAGUCCAAGGGACUAGCUGGGAUGGAGUGACUCCAAAAGUUGUUUUGGUCAACGCAAUUUUAUACAUGAGAAUGGAAGAGAUCAGAACUACUUCAUGGUGGGAGUAAAUGCAGUGAACUGAACGAACAAGUUGAUGAUGGACUGUUGGAAGAAAAACACCCUAAUAACUGCAGACAUCUCCUUGUUUCCUCUCCAGAGGAUUGUGCCUUGUCUCCAUCUGUUUCUCCAGCCAGAGACCAGUCUGAGUGGUCAGCAGUUCUGAAAGGCUCUGAACCCCCAAGGUGCCCUCAUAUUGCACAGUGACACAAUUCCUUUGCACGGUGACAUGAUUCCUCCCCAGCUGCAGCUGACUCAGACCAGGGCUGAUGAAGCAAACAAAGACUUACUCUGCCCACAAGGCAUGCAACUUCCCAGGAGGCAUUAAUAUGCUACGAAAGGAGAAGCACAAGCUCUGUCUUCAAUUUUAUUUCAGUUCUCAAUGAAGCAGUUUUGUAAAAACCACACAUCUUUUAAGCAAUUGUAUAAAUAUGUCAUUAACAAAAUAUAAUUUAAGAAACAUAAACUUUGAGUAAGGGUUUUCUAAUUGUUUUUGGUGCUUUUUUCCCCAAAGGUACAGUUUCGUGGGUGGAUUUUUGUUUCACUGUGGGAUUGUUUGGGGUUUUUUAAGGGUGCUACCAUUUUCUUGACACUGAACAGAUUUUGCUGCUAGAUGAUUCUUCUGAAAAAAUCGGAAUUUGAUACUCAAUACAGUGAAAUACAUCCUCCCCUGGAGCAGAGCUAUUUUAUCAGAGCUCAGGACAUGUCCUAGAACAGCUGGGACAGACAGGAUGCUGAGGGCUGAGCUGCUUGUGUCUCUCACCCGGAUAUCGGCCUCCCCUGCGCUGUGGAGGUUCUGGCACUGCAGGUUGUAGCCGCCUUCCCAUGUGGCAAGGAUGAGCUGGAACAGGAAACAGAGGAAUUACAUUCAUGAACAGAUGGGAUGCUUUUUUUCCCCUGCAGUUGUUCUGGCCUUAUUGGUGGGUACCCACUCCUUCCAUGAACUGAUGUCUUGAACCAGACAAUGUGCUAGUAUCUUGUCUUUUGAACAGGGAAAGGUAUCAGUUCAGCUGGAGAUAUGAAAUGAUGCAUUUCUUCUCUUCCUCUGGCUUUAGAGCCUUCAAGGCAUCCAUUAAAAUCUCUCAUUAUUUAAUGCAUCUCUAAACACCGGAAUAUUGUGUCUUUGUCCUGAAGCAGUAUGAACAGAGCUCAACACAGCUACUUGAGCAAGGCUGUCCUUGAGAAAAAUUCCACUUGCCAAGCAAACAGAAGGCAUAUGCUAAGUAGUGCUAUGGGAGAAAUAUUUCUUAAUGCCACCCACGUCUCUUUAUCUUACACUGUUAAACACUAGAGGAAGUGAAGGAGAGUGGGCCCAGUGCUGAAUGGAGGCGUGGAUAGGCACACCAGCAGUUUCUCAGAUUCUGUACAUGUCACAUGGGGAAGCAGACACAGCAGUGAACUAUCAGAGUGCCACACUGGGAUGGAGCAGGUUUCUAGAAAACCAUAUGGUGGUUUGUGAUAUGGAAUAUUUUUAUAGUAACAGCCACCUAAAGCACUCAGCAGCCCGUUUGGAAGAGGGAGCAUCAUCUCUUCCUUGUAAAUGCCGUGUAGAAUCUAUUGAUUUUGAAAAACUCUUGCUUAUCCUCAAAUAAAUGCAAAGUGGGUUUGGGGACAAACUGAGUAGCUCAUGUUCUGGGGUCUUUCUCACCCUCUACAGAGAAUGCAGAGAGAGAGGGUGGGAGAAAUGCACUGAAGUGUUAUGCUGUAAGCAGAAUUGCAAGAUGCUGAGAGAAGUGGGUUGCUUUCAGCUCUGGAGCUACAUGCACAGGGAUGAUGUGUGUCAGCACAGAAGGGAUGACUUCUCCCUCUAGUUCACAAUGAAAAGAACUGUCCUGAAUCUGUGACAGUCCAUACACAAGGGGAGCAGAGACAAUUCUCAGUGAUCAAACUGAAUUAAUUCCUAGAGUUAAAUACAUUAAAAAAUUACUAUUGAAAGUAUCUAGAGGAUUAGAAAGUAGCCUAGAAUGCUUACUAUAAAUUCACAUAAAAAUGCAUUGAAACAUGGAAAACCAUGGUUUUCUAUUAUUUUUCUUCUGAAUUCAAAUUCUGUGAUUGUCCCUGUAAUAUGAACUUAGCUGUUUUAGGUGGCCAAAAUAGCCCAUAGAAAUUGUAGAGAGAGAUGACAGUACAGUAAAUCAGUGUUUUAUAAGGUAACUGAUAUGUAACAAUAUUGAAACAAACACAUUUCUUUACAACCAACUCAUUUUUCUGCUUUGCUGAAGAACCUUGAUCUCAAAAUUUUCUGCUGAAGUAGGUAAAAUGUCGGUUCACAGAAUUUUGCUAGGAAAAUAUGCAAUUUUCAGUAUUUUGAUGAGUCUAUUUUACAACUGUUCCAAUUUGUGUAUGAUUACAGUGGGCUGAUUUUUGAAAGAUCUUUUGCGUGCUGUCUCCUUGUGUAUGAAAGUCAGGAGUGAGGGUCAGUUGGUUGCCCAGCAGGUCCCGAGUAAAGCCCUGAGGCAGGAAGGUGGUGUCCCACCAUAUGUCAGGAGCUGCACUCCUCCAUGGAGAUACUUUGGGGAUAUUUUUGGUCCAGAUUGAUUGAUACUGGUUUUUUUGUUUGCUUUUUUUAACCAUCUGGUCAGUAGUAGAGCGAACCUUGCCAAAGAACUCUGUUGUGCUUUCACUUCUAUAUUAAACCUGGUUUUGAUUUUACCCUUGCCAGCGAUUUGUUAAGUGACCUUAAAACACUCAUUUGCCAAAAAUUGGUGUAGUCAGCAGGUUUGCAAGCAUAUCACUGACUACUUAGAAAAGCAUGG